ACAACAAACGCAACAACAAUCUGGCGUUCUCCCGGGCUAAUCGCAAGUGUAAACAAAGUUUGCCGGACUUUCGCGAGAAAAAUAUCGACGAACAAUGGGGCGCCGAAAAUCGAAAAGGAAGCCACCACCGAAGCGCAAGAACAUUGAACCAUUGGAUCAGCAAUUUAACUGCCCAUUCUGCAACCACGAAAAAUCCUGUGAGGUAAAAAUGGAUAAGCCUAAAAAUUCGGCUAAAAUAUUAUGUCGCGUAUGUUUGGAGGAGUAUCAAACGUCGAUAAACUUCCUAUCGGAACCGGUAGAUGUGUACAACGAUUGGGUGGACGCUUGCGAGACGGCAAACUGAGUACGCAAAUCUAAAUGAUAAAUUUGCAGAAACCUGCUCUUUGGUAUGUAAUAAGGAAGCUACUGUCUAAUGUGUAACAAGAAUAAAUCAAUUUGCUAAGGUAUAUAACAUUGGAUUGUGUGGACUUGUCGACGGGGUAGCGGCAUGCGGUUCGAUGUACAGCAAUCGGACGCUGUACGCCGGCAAUAAGGAUGACAGUGUCAGAAUGAAGUAGAUUUUCCUCGAAGCUAUAGUGAUAGACAAGUAAAUUUUAUUCUUUUUCCGAUAUAAACGUGCCAUGUUCUAGAAUUGAAUGCGCCAUCGUGCAAAG